GUUGCGUAAACAAGGAAUUGGCGGCGGUCGUCAAGGCGAAACUGUUUAUAUAGUUUGAUUGUGUUACGUUAAGUAUUUUUCUAAGCAAAGGGCCGUUGUGUCUGUACAACCCAUUUUUUGUUAAACCAGUCUGCUUCAGCGAACGUCAAAGUCAUUUAACAAUGAGCGAUGGAGAUGAGAGACACAGGAAGGAGAUGAAAAGAAAAAGCUGUAUGGGUGAUUCAAAGUCGCCCGCGAAGAAGAAACAGAAAAUAAAAGACAAAAGCGAUGAAAAGAGCGGCGCAGUUCAGAAACACGACGCUAUUGGUGGUAAAGCUGACUCUACAAAAACCAAAGUGAAGCUCUCUGGCAAAGACAAGGACAAAGGGAAAAUAAGUAAAUCUGCCCACUCAACAGAAAGGACUGAGAAUGAUAAGAAAAGCAGCUCAGAUGGUGGCAAAAAGCAAAUAAAGAGGAAUGAGAAAGGACAACUUCUGUUUAAAGACCACCCAGAGUUCACACCUAACAUGACUCCCAAAGAGGUUUUACAGGCUGGCAGUUUUGGGGGCACCUAUUUCAGGCCCAUCUACUCCAGUAUCACAAAAAAACAUUAUAAAGAUGUUUGGAAGGAGCUGCCCAAAGACUGGCUGGAUGGACUAAAGAUCUCUGAGCAGGUGGCUUCAUCUACAUACCGGGAAAAAGUGAACACCUAUGAAGUCAAAUGUGGCGGCAGUCUGGAGAUGUGGGAAAGCAGUGGCUGGAUUGUGCCUCAGGAUCCAUAUGGCUGGUUCCAGUGGUACUGCAGGUUUUAUCAGGGCAGGCGGACAGAGGAUGAUGCUCGUCAAAUCAGCCGCUGGUCCAAAUGUGCAGGAGUCAAAGGUCGGUGGCGGAACAACCUCAUCACAAAAGUGGUCCGGUCCGGUUGUGCUUACGACAAUGCCACUGUUUCCCCAGUGGUCAGACAGACUCUACAGCACUGGGGGUACAAACUCACCCCGGAGGACUACAAGCAAGGAGCAAAGAGAGUCAAACUCAAAUAAACAGGUCUUGUUUGUUUUAAUACAAUGCGCAAUAGGGUGGAUUUAGCUGUUAUUAGUGCAUGACGUGUCUAUUUAAAUAAUUGAUGUUUAGUCUGACUGGGGGACUCGACUAGAUGUGGUAAUACUACUGCUGUGUUGGGAUCCCAUCGGACAUGUUUUGGGAAACUGAAAGGUCACUUCAAUAAUUCAUAAUUAUAUUAUUUUUAAAUUGGGAUCUCAGGCAGAAGCAGAUGCAGACACUCCUUAUUUUGUUCCUAUUACUGAUUUGCGUAGCUGAACACCCCAUGUGCCUUGGAGCAAUAUAGCGAACUGAUUUGUGAUCGCAUGUGGUCAUCGUCACACUGAUUUUAUGACAGUAAUUUGUUCUGCAGUGUUUAUUUUUAAUACAUGGUGAAGAUGCUUACAUAUUUGCAUAAUAAGAUGCCUUUUGACAUGACUCUGUCAGUGUGUGUGGGGUAAAUUUACACAAACAUCUGUAAUUUUUCAAUGCAGUUUAUUAAAGGGAUUUUUUGUA